CAUCAGUCACUGCGGCCCCUACCCAGAAGUAUUUUGUGAGAAAAUAAGCAAAUUUGAAUUAAAAACUAAUAAGAAAUAUGUCUGCGAUUAUCAGUGGCAGUGCUGUGGCCCUAAGCGGCAAGCAUUGCGUGGCCAUUGCCACGGAUCAUCCCAUUGCUGGCAGCAACUUUGACCAUGGCAAUAUGUUUAAAGUGGCGCCCCUGAUCUAUGUGGCGCUCUCAGGACCCCAACAAGAUGUGGUCAGAGUGCGCGAUCGCAUGAAGUUGCGCCAGAAUAUGUUUGGCAUGGUGACGCCCGAGAUAUAUGCAAAAAAUCUGUCCAACUAUCUGAGUGAACCCCGUCUGCAGCCCUACCAUGUCGAGAGCGUUGUCGCUGGCCUCCACAGCGAGACCGUGCUGCCAUUCAUUUGCAGUUUGAAUGAGAGCGGACUAUUGCUGGAUGCCGAUGACUUCACCACGGGCGGCAAGUGCCCGGGCAUUGGGGCCAUUUGCAAGAGUCUCUGGAAGCCGAAUAUGGGGCCAGCCGAUCUCGUAGCGGUGCUAUCCGACGCCAUUUUGAAUGGCUCCAAUCUCAUUGGCACACGCAGCUGGGGUGUCACCAUUUACGUUCUGCACAAGCUGUCCGAACACGUUAUUCUGAUGCCCAAGAACUAG